UAAACGAAACGUAAAUAGGUAAAUAAGAACUGUUUGACAAUAUUUUACGUUGAGGUCACAAAUUUACGACUCGAUAGCUUGUCUAUAAAACGUCUUCCUGUCUAUAAAAAAUCCAAUGAGCGAGUUUUCAAAGUCUGAAAUUUUUUUCCUGCUGGUGUUGUUCACUGCGUGUUUUCCGAGUGGAAAUUUGUUUGUGAGCGGGAUUGUGAACGGCAUUCCGAGUGUCUCUCGGCUCUUCUUCGUUCGCGUUCGCAAUGAAGCCAUGGACCGAAUGUGUGGAGGGGCCAUAGUUGACCCUGAGUGGGUGAUUACAGCUGGCCACUGUUUUGCAUACACUGAGGUUUCGGACAUCAUAGUGGAGGUUGGGGACUUCGCGGAGGAAGACAAUGUUAAGGACAUACACUAUGUGCGCAACUGGAUCCCAGCAGAAGGGUUUCUGUUGACAUUGGCUCCUUUAAAUGACAUCAUUCUUCUGAGACUUACAAGGCCAAUCUCCCACCCAGACUCGGAAGUGAUCCCCAUAUGUGACCACAGUCCAGAUGUGUCUCAGAAGACCCUGCUCGGAUCCUGUGGCAUGGGAAUGACUUCCGCCACCAACAGCACCUCAUUCCCAGCGAGACUUCAGGAGGUGUUUUUCUUCGAAUCACUCUACCAGAUUUUACCCAAUAGAGUUAAGCCCCCACAGAGGUGCAGAGAAGACAACAUUUGCACCCGCCCCCUCUUCGGUGACUCAUCAGUGUGUCACGGCGACAGUGGGGGGCCUCUUUACACGUUCAAGUGCAACAGUAACAAACCAGAGUGUCUCUAUGGCAUCGGGAGUUACACCAGACGGAUGCCAGACAUGGUCACUCCAGGGACACAUUGCAAUGCUGGCAGCUACUUCGCCAGACUGCCACACCACAAACACUGGAUAGUAAAAACUAUUCUAUUGAACUUGUGA